AUGUUAAAUAGGCCCAUCUCCCACGCCGCUAACGACAUUAACUGCGACACGGGCACCGAUUCCGAUGUCGAGGUCCUCACAAACCCACGGGUACACCAGGCUAAAUCUUCCAAGCGACCAAGCGCUACGGCUUUCUCACCUCGUGACCGGGACUUAGCCAAGAGGACUCGCCUGGAUCACGAGGAAUUCCCUGACUUUACCACCGCUCACCCAGCUUUCCUGACUGGUGGGGCCAACGCUCCCGUUCCUCCUGGUCCACGACCUAACAACAAACAUCUCACAACGUUAGAAUCUAUCGUUUCACCCAAGCAGCUGACGGCAAAGGGAAGAGUGACACAAAACUUCAAUUCCGGCGUGUUGGCACUCAAGCGGGUCGUGGACGUACUCAAGAAAAAGAAGGAGCGGAAGGUGAUGGCGAAGAAUUCAUCUCCAAGCGCCAUGAACCGGCUUCAAGAGGUGUGCCACGCGAUUCUGCAAUCGGUCGAAGAUCGUCUGGCGGGCUUUACGAAGACGGUAGCACCUGCGUUCCCGGGUAUCAGCAAUACUUCCCGGAUGAACGGCGCCGAGAUGACGGUCCUGAUUGGUGAACUGGUGGAGGUCGGUUGGGCGGCACUCAAACGUAUGGACGACUUACUGAAAGUCGUCAAGAACUCAAAAGAGUUUGUCUCAAAGUCGGACGAGUUUUCCAUGGCGCUUUUCAGGGAGCGACUUUUUGAGGUGGUCGGGGUCUUGGAAGAGGGAAAAGUAUUGGCUCCAAGGGUACAAAUACGAUAG